GAGUAUUCAAAGAGGAUCCGUCUUUUCCGGUGCUUUACGUCGUGAAGAAGCACGUGGCUUGACGUAUUAUUAUCGGUUUACAUUGAUAUAAGAAAAGCAUCAUAAUGCCGUUGGCAAAAGACCUUCUUCAUCCAACACCAGCUGAGGAGAAAAGGAAGCAUAAGCUUAAAAGAUUGGUUCAAAAACCGAAUAGUUAUUUCAUGGAUGUUAAAUGCCCUGGUUGUUAUGCUAUCAAGACCAUUUUCUCACAUGCACAACAGGCAGUAGAAUGCGAUGGUUGUCACAUGAUAUUGUGUACAUCAACCGGCGGUAAAGCACGGCUUACCGAAGGUUGCUCGUUCAGGAGGAAGGUUCAAUGCUAAUAAUAUACAACAUAUUUCUCUUUUCAUUCGGUAAAUAAAUACUUAAAAAACGCAAAUGAA